AUGAUUCCAUCAGUACUGCUACUAUCGUCCGUAACCUCCGUAGCCAGUUUGUUCUGGAACGGGUGCUGUACAUCUGGUGGUUUUUAUGGAUCUUAUGGCUCCUACGGGUACACAAACCAUUUGUCCUACACGCCAGCCUACUCGUCUUAUUCUUCGUACCUACCAUAUGGCGGCAUUAUUAUCUGGUACCCGGAUGCGCUAGAGUAUGUGAAUCGACGAUUGCGUGAGUACUACAGCACAGGAUCUGGCUACGUCUACAAAGGUCGAGGUUCGAGGGACAAGUAUCCCGAAAGAAAUCAUCUUUACGUAAGACCGUACACACCGAAACAGCGCCCCUAUGGCGGAUACGCACAAAAAUAUGUAGCAGCUCCACCUCCACCGCCUAUUGAAUCUAUUGCACCACCGGCUCCACCAUCGGAAGAAGAGUUUGAUUAUGAGGCACCAGCACCAGCUCCGAGCAAAUAUGCCCAGAAAUCAAGGCCAGUUGAGCCAUUGGAACCAAAAUUCAAUUCCCAUGCAGCCGCUGAAACGCUUUCAGAAGGUAAGCAACCCGGCAUUCCAUCUUUGAACCAUUUUUCAUGGCGACAGUGUUACAAAACCGAAAUUUACUAUACGCACAUUCGCAGUUCACCUAAGGUGGAGUAA